GACAGAUUCGAGAAAAUGACAAACGUGUGUUAUCUGCCAAGUACAGAAAAAACAACAAAUAAAAUUUUCUGUGUUUUGAGUUAAAUCCACGUUAAAUGAUUUUUUAUUUGUUAUGUAAGAGACAAUGCAAUUUCUUCACCAUCUGAUUUCGACGAUUGAUACAAUCUAAUUGGGGCUCCUCACAAUGGAGAAUUUAUCAAAUAUUGAACUAGAAUGGAUCGACCAGACCAACAACAGCUGGUCCUUAAAAGACUGUGAUAGUAUAGCCAAUAGAGACCUCGUGCAAUCAAUGUAUGACUUUUUGAUACAGAACAAGGAAAUCCGACUAAUUCCCACAACUUUAUCAUUAUUCAACGACGUGCAGAUUUUUCCUAGCUUUCAGUACGACGGUGCAUCGAAUUUGGAAUUAAAUCAUUACAUUACCACUUUACUAAAAUCCCAAAUUGACUUGGCGCGAAACGUGUGCUCUUCAAGCCAAUUUGCGAUUAUUUUGAAGCAAAGACUGUUGAUUUUAAGACGGAUUUAUCACGCGCUGAUUGUCAAAUAUCACGACAAGGCCAAAACUGACCAAACCACGAGCGAAAAUAGCCCAAAUGUCUUGACCAAGGAAAGUUUAUCGGGUUCUCAAGCUUUAUUGGAAAUCGGGGUCAAGACCGGCUUAAGCCUUUUAUUCUCACUGUUGAGACAAAACUGGCAAGUCAGUGAUAUACUCAAAGUCCCGUCACUUUGCAACUCAGUCUUGGAAACCUCCUUUGACCUUUUGCAAAAACUGCCACCUUUGUGUCUCUCCAACGAUAUUCAACUCACAAACCUCGGAAUUACGAGUCUGGAACAAGUGUCCGAUUUUCUUAAAGACGCUGUUUUGAAUUCACCGAACGCCGAUUCUCAUGCGAAACUGCUCUCGUGUAAACUCCUCCUAGCCCUGGCUUUGCAAAGGGGCUCUUUGAGGUACUUGCUAGACUGGAUUGAGAUGGUCUUAGAUGCCUCGUGUAAAACAGAGGGGAUUCUAUGUGAUGUCUUCUUUAAAAGUGCAAUAAUGCAGCUUGAAAGUGGGAAAUACAAGAUCAAAUCUGAUCUGUGGAAAGGCCAGACUAGUGAUGUCUCGGUUUACGAAGCUGCGAUUAAUUUGAUGGAGAUUUUGUCCGGAAUGGCGAUGGAUUUUGGUGGUGUUUGUUCCGCUGUUGAAACGACUUCAGAGAGUGAAGUUGGAGUGUAUGAGAAGAGUGAUGUUUACGUAUGGGGGAGCAAUUCCUCUCACCAGUUGGCUGAAGGCAACCAGGAGAAGAUUCUAAUGCCGGUCAAGUCGAAAAUGUUCACUCAGGUGCAACUGGUGGAGGCCGGUCAGUACUGCACCUUCGCCAUUCAUUGGGACGGCUCGGUGAGCGCCUGCGGGAAGGGCAGCUACGGCCGUCUCGGCCUCGGGGAGUCCUCCAACCAAAGUCUCCCCAAACGCAUUCUCCUCGAUUGCGUCGUGAAAAAACUCUCGAGUUCGAAGGGCAGCGACGGUCAUACUCUCGCCCUCGCCGACUCCGGUGUCGUUUACAGCUGGGGCGACGGCGACUACGGCAAACUGGGGCAUGGCAAUUGCGCCACGCAUAAGCAACCCGAACGCAUAACGGGCCCCUUCCUCGGUAAAACCAUCAAGUAUAUCCACGCCGGGUACCGUCACAGCGCCGCCGUCACCGACGAUGGGAAGCUCUACACGUGGGGCGAGGGUGACCUCGGGAGACUCGGUCACGGGGACAGCAACGCACGAUAUAUCCCCACGCAAGUGGCAGGGUUGGCGGAGGUCGGGUCGGUGGCUUGUGGCAGUUCGCAUACGUUGGUUGUGUCGAAGGAUGGGAAAACGGUUUGGUCGUUCGGGUCGGGGGAACAUGGGAAGUUGGGAACAGGGGAUUUGGGGAAGGUGUAUAGGCCGCAAGUGGUCGAAGCGUUGCAGAGUCUCACGAUACAGAAGGUGUGUGCAGGGACGUCGUUUUCGAUGGCGUUGACGACGUCAGGAGAGGUGUAUACGUGGGGUAGUGGGGCGAUUUUGGGAAAAGGAUCGGCUGAUGCUAUUGUUAAUUUGCCGAUGUAUGUGGAGGAUUUGGCACAGUAUAGGAUUGUUGAUAUUUCGGCCGGGGAUAAUCACUGUUUAGCUUUGACGGAUGAACAUGAGGUUUUUGCAUGGGGGACGAAUAGUAUGGGGCAGUGUGGGCAGGGACAUACAUGUAGUCCGAUUACGAGGCCUUUGAAGGUUAUAGGACUCGAGGGAGUUUCCAUAAGGCAGAUAAGUGCAGGCACUUCUCAUUCGAUCGCAUGGACUUCAAUGUCUACCGAAAACCACCACAUGACCAAACACAAACCUUUCUGUCUCGACCUCCACGAAAAAACCUUUAUUCUAUUAAAAAAAUUCCUAGAAAAGUACACCGUUUCGUUCAUUUACGAAACACCACCACCCCCUUUCAAAACAGCAACAGAACAUCAUCGAUUCGUUCUACUAACUUUAAAACUGUUAUGCACACAUUUGAGUCUUUGCAUUAACGGAAAUUUGGGCGACAACAUACUCAACAAUCAUACGAAGCAACUACGGAUAAUUUUAUUUAGAUUGGUUGAUAUUAAAACACCUCCUGAGAUUUAUUCUACUGUUAUCGAAUUGAUAAAUGUUGGAGCGUCUUUACUUUUACCCCAACUGCAAGAACGAGUCGAAUUUGUACAUGAACAUUUAUCAAAAGAUGGGUUAACACAAGGACAGCAAAUGUUGUUGAAUAUUGUGUUGUGUAGUUUGGAAGAUCCGUCACAUAUUGCGGCUUUGUUGCGAAUACAGGAACAACAUUUGAUUGAGACAUUGAUGUCGACUUUGCUCCAGUCAUUUAGUAAAUUAACGGAUGACACCCUCGAUAGUGUACAAAAAUACAUGGAAACGCAACCAAUUGAUGAAUGGAAAAACGCAGCAAGUCCGACUCAAACUCACUUACAAAAAUUGUUAAGUUCGUUACAAAACCACUUACUAGCCCACGUCGUUGUCAAAAAUAACCAAACAUUUCACAUUCUGAACAGUCAUUUAAACCAAUUGUUUCCGUUAAUCAUCCGAGUCUUGGAGAAAUCCGCUUAUAUUCUAGAACAGUACCCUCCAAGCUUGGAGUUACUUUACAACGUUUUGCUCGAUUCAGUUUCCGGUUCAAUGUUUCUAAAAUUGCUAAGUUCUCUAUUGUUGAUUCCCUCUGUUUUCAUCAAAGAACUCUUACCCCAGCUAUUGAACGUGUUGGUGUCACUAGACCGUUUUAAUAAACUCCUCCCCGUGGAAAUAACAAAUGACGUGAGCACUGUUUCAUCGCGUUCUGAAACCCCGACUUUGGCCCAACUCGCCGACCAAUCGUGGCUCUGGAUCAUCGAUUUGCAACGCACGUGUUCGUUGCUGAUUGGUGAGUGUUUAGGUGGGGCGUAUAUUGGUGAUCCACCCACAAUUGAAGAAAUUUCAUGCUGGAAUUGGCUCAAUACUGAUUUGUUUUCGGCCGGGAUUGUCAACGAUGAUAUUGAUGUGCAAACGGUGGCUGAGAUAUCACAGACCGCAUUGUUAAAUCUCCAAGACGCUUUAUUAAUAAGUCUAGAAAAUUUGAGUCCCACUGUUCAGAACUACUGCAAGAUGGCGUUCAAACUACCAGAACAAUACGACGAGGCUUGUGCUUUAAGCACCGAAAAUGAAUUUGCUCAACCGUUUUUCCAACAAUUCGAGUUCUGGGAUGAAGACGGUAAAUUGGCUGAUACGGUGGUUCAGUGUUUUCUUAUCACUUUGUUGAAACAAACCGGAUUGAUAAGAGAGUCGACUAGUCAUGUUGCGUUUCUCGAAAUUUACAAAUUUACCUUCAAGUUGAGGCAAAAAUUGAUCAGUUUGUUGUAUUGUUGUUACGAGCAUGAAAAGAGUGAAGAGCAAAGUCAGGAUGAAGAACAGAGGUUUGCGAUAAUUAUUUGUCGCAAAAUCUUAGAAAGGUGUCUCUUCCUACUUAUUUUUGUCCAAGGAUUGGAACUGGAUUUGACGGAAGAGGGGAGUUCGGAUGAAGAAUCCGUCAUUACCGACUUUUACAAAAGUGCGAAAACGUCGUUUAGGGGAAUUACAAAAAUUUGUAACUUGUGUUUGAGUUUUGUGUGCAAUGAACCGGCCGAAAAACUUUCAUUGAUUACGCGAGGAAGUCGAAAGAAUAAUUGGUGUACUAAACCUACACUUUUAUACAAAGCACUCAAAGCGCAAAAAAACCGGGCCCGGGACCGACUUGAGAGUCUCAAAGACUUACUCAAAUUAAUAACCGAGAAACAGUCAUCGCCAACUGUAUCAAAUCUGAUUUAUCCGCAAUUAUUGGCCGGUUAUUUCGGUUUCUGUAAUUACAAAUCAGAAGACGUGUUGCAUUAUUUGUUUCAUUAUUUGGAUAAAAUUCAAGCGAGUCCUGUUAGGUUACAAGGGGAGAUUUGCACAAACAUGCAUAAGGUUUACGACUUUUUGAUCAAAUUGUUAAACCGUUUGGUUGGUACCACUGAGAAUAGACAAUUAUUAUUUACGACUUUGUUCACUCUAACUGCGAAAUACGAACCCGGGGAUUUGGAUUUCAUUAUUGGGAAAAAUCUAUCAGGUUCACUUAUGUCGAUUGAGGAGGAUAAGACUGAUAUUCUGAGUAUAGCCUCAAUUAGAUUGAGUCGAAUUCUUGCCAUGUGUGCCUGCGUACAUUCGAAGAAAAUCCAACUAAGCACUACUGAAUCUAUAGUUGAUAAAUUAUACGACCAGUUUAUUGCCAAUAUCGAUGAAACCCCCAAUGCCAGUUUGGUGCCACUUUGUGAUAAGAGUUUUGGCGAUUUUCUGGUAUUUUUGCGGGUUAUUGGGUCAAGUAAAGUGAUUAAGACGUUAUUAGCGUCGAAAAAAUGGUUAGAGGCGCUUUUAUCAGUCUUGGACACGUCUGAUUUAUUCAUGAGUUAUCCGAUUCAAUUGAAAUUGUUGAGACCCAAAAUAUUGGUACUUCAAAUAUUACAAAAUAUUUUACCCGGGUUACAACCGAAGUCACUGCCAUCUGAUUUACGCAAGUCGGUUGUUAAUAAAUUGUUUACGCAGUUGGGGAAAGAAUUGUGGAAAAAGAUAAGCACGGAAUCAGUUACAAAUCCACUGAUUGAAAGUGAAUUGAAACUAAACGAUUUAUUGGGUGAGGAAGAAGAGGAAAAUAUUCCGGUUCAUGAUAUGGGCUUUGAUAUAAAUAAAUGUCACAAUUGUGUUAUUGAAAGUAAUUUAACACUGGUGCAUGGCUUCGGAGGGCGCGGGUACGGUUUAGGUCUCCAGGCCAUCCGCUCCGGUUGUUACCAAUGGAAAAUCCUCAUUGUUAAAGAAAAUCGCGGUAAUGAAGGAACCUGUAUUGGAGUUUCAAGAUUCCCGGUUAGAGACUUUAGUCACCGGUCAACUACCGAUAUGUGGCUAUAUAGGGCAUAUAGUGGAAGUCUCUACCACAGUGGUGAACGCGAUAUUAGUUUCCAGUGUUACACACAGGGUGAUUACAUCACUGUCGUGCUUGAUAUGGAUGCGAAAACUCUCAGUUUUGGGAAAAACGGUGAAGAGCCGAGAGUCGCAUUCGAAAAUAUUGAUGCGACGGAGUUGUAUCCUUGUGUCAUGUUUUAUAGUACGGGGCCAGGCGAAAAAGUGAAAAUCACCGAUAUGAAGGAGUUUCAGGUGCACAGCAAACAGAGGGAUUUGUUACCUGGUGAGCCGAAUUUGGCACCGUUACCGGCGGUUCUAACCGAAGCGUAUGUCACUCUGAUCAGGAAGCUGCAUAAUUUCGAUGCCUGGACCAAUGAGGUCAACAGCGCUAUUAUUGACCGCUUGGGACGCAUUGAGGAUUUGUUUGAACAAAUCCACUUUUACCACUCUGACGGCGAGGAAAGCGAAGAAAAUUCAAACAGUCGUGACAUGUAUUCAAAAAUAAAUGAAUUGUGUUUGUCCGUAUGGCCGGCUCUAGUGACAAUUGGAGGUUUUGACAGAGGGUUGAAAAUAGGUGGCUAUUCUAAGCAUAAAGGCACCGGUCGUCGAGCAAUUGUUUUAGGAAUAUUAAAAAAAGGAAUAACGACAGUUAACGUCCAAUGGGAAUCAGAUGGAAGCAUCUCUGAUGUUUCUAUGUCAAAUUUGGAACAUAUCGAGACUGCACCUUUUAAUAACAACAAAUUUUCGGGAUUGACUCCUAGUCUUUUGUAUCAAGUGGCACGCCUGACUGGAAUAACAAAUGAAUUGGUUUCACCAGAAUAUAAUUUGACGCGUACUGAAGAAGAUUUAUUAUGUGAGGACAGACAUUGCAGAUCUGAUCCGUUGCGGUCCUGUUCUGACCCACAAAUCCACAAUCAGUACACUUUUUUGGAUGCGAUAGCCGGUCCUCGAACGAUCGAUUCAUUAACCGAUGAAAUAGUGAGCACGAUUUUAGUCGAAAGUAAACGAUUGAGUGUCGAAAAAAUUGUGGGCACGCAAAGUGAAGUCAAUAUAUCAAAUACGACUAAAACGCCUGAAAAAAAAACCAUCAAUCUUGAAAUAAAAAAACUGGAGAAAAAACUGCUCGAUUUGGAAGCAAACUGUUUACAAAUUGCCUUUCUUCAAUUUGCUGCAAUGAAAACUUUAGGGAUCUUCCUAACGUCAAGUCUAUUUGCCGAAUUAUUUCUUGUCAACGAUCCGGUUAAAAGCACAUCAGGUGAUGAAAACACCCUAAAACAAAUCAUGUUGGUACUAGUGGAGAAGAGCAUCGAGCAGUGCAAACUGCGAUCGGUUGUAACCUGUGCCGAAUUCGAGCGUGCGCAAAGUAUCCUUCAUUUGAGUUUUAUUAAAAGUGCGAGUGUCGAGAAUUCGCCGCAACGUGGCGCUAGUUGCGACGAAGUUGGGCCGAGUUAUGCCGAAGCCGGGCCCAGUCGGCGGACGUCUCAAACACUUUUAGAACCAAGUCCCCAACCCGAGGAUCAACAGCCGUCAAUUGUUUCUCAUUUAUUAGAGAUGGGUUUCCCCUUGCCGCACAUUACGGCCGCUAUGAGGGCAACUCAAAGUUCUGGGGAAUUUAAUGCGCAAACUGCGAAUAUGUUGGCAAUCUGGAUGCUGGAACAUCCUCAAACUGGUGAAGAUGAAGCCGUUGCACACGAAUUAGUGCGACAACAGACGAUCGAAUCAGCGGAAAUCGGCGACGAAAAUAGACGACCUGAAGUUCGGAGAGUUUCGGAUGUUACAAAUUACACCAGUUUUGCGCAGAGAGGGGUUCAAAGGAGGCGACGAGUGAUACCAGCAGAUGGAUUUAUGCCGGUGGAUGGCGUCGAACGCAAUGAUAAUUCUUCAACAGAAUUGUUUUCGACGAGGGCCGGUUGUGUUAAUGUGCAACGACCGGUUGCGAUUUGUUCAUAUUGUGGACACUUGUCGCCGAAUAUUAAGGGACAUAUGGAGAUGAGACAUGCGGGUUGUGGGGUUCCUUGGGGGCCCAGCACGUGCGGAAGUGUCACAGGUUCAUACUACAUAAUGUGUUACAAAUGUCAACGAAAAUACAUCAAUAGGAAUCAAAAUGACAACUAUUUGCAGUUCCAAGCACCUGAUUUAAUAAUCGACGAGCACGAUACGACCGAAACUGACAUCCAAGCAAUGAAAUUUGUUCUGCCCCCAUACGAGGACAUCUCCCAGAUUAAAACGUGUUUGGGAAUCAACGAAAACGAGUUUAAUGUUCGACCCAUGGCCUUUACGAAUUUAGACCCUUUGGGUACUUCUACUAUACCGAAAAUAAGCAAAGAAUCGGAAACCCAGAGAGAGGCUGAUAAUCGCUUUGUGGGAAAACAAGCAAUGUCCUUACAAAAUUCACUCGAUCGAAUUUUAGCACUGAAACAUAUGACAGGUUCGAUUCAUGUACUAUUGUCACGGUCGAUUGUACUUAACGUGUUGUCACUCCUGUCAAUGAAUACUAACCACGUGUCUUUGAUGAGUCAACUCGAGAUGAUUGGAUUGUCGGAUAUUCGAAAAGUUGUAAGACUGAUGACUUUGACUGCGAUGAAACGGGUGGAAAUUGUCAAUAUUCAAAACUCUGAUGAUUUUCCGAAUUUCAAGCUAUGUAACGAUUUUACUCGAUUUACGACACAUUUGUCAGCCGAAUCAAAUUCGUGUUUGAGUCAUUUGAGUGUGAGCAUAGCCGCCUUGGCCCAAAAUGACGUAACAUCGGCGAAUCUAGUCGUCAAUAUGUGUAGCAAAGAUUUGAUAAUGUCGGCGAUAGGUGUCUCUGUUCCCAAAGCGACAUUUGCAGUAACUCAAGCCUUGGUCAACAUACUAUCGACUCACGGCGGUUGUUCUUUGCAUGAUUUACCGAAAGACGAAGUUGCAAGUCCUUUAAGCGACCCCAACACUUUAGAACCUUUAACUCUAGUCAAUGCUUUGUCGGCAUAUGUGUUAUCAUUUCGCGUGGAACAAGAAAAUCGCGAAUGGGCUUCGGAGCAAUUGUUUAAAACUAUAGCUAAUAAAAUACAAAUACUGUCGGGUUCGACAUCCGAACAGACGAAUUUCGCCGACUUGACGAAUUUCCUCCCAAAGGAAAGGAUGGAUUAUUUCGACGGGCAUGACAAUAGAGUAUCAACGUUGACGUAUCACGAAAAGAAUAACAAACUUGCAUCGGCGGGUUAUGACGGGACUGUCAGAUUGUGGGUUUUCGAAUCGAGGACUCAACUGUCGUUAGAUGCGACUUUUGUGUUUCACAUUUCGAGUGAUAUUUUCGGGAAUGAGCUACAAGGAAAAUUGAUUGGCCAUUUAAAAUGGUCACCGAGGGGUGAAUAUUUGGCCGCUGCAAUGGACAAUGUUAUCAAUAUUUGGCCGAUAAUCAACGAAGGAUAUCAAAAUUGGUUUAUCGAAGAUCAAAAGGAGUUUAUCACGACUUUGACGUGGCCUAAAUUUAAAUUAAACGAGGAGAAAGAUAGGGAUUUUUUGUUAGUGGGGAAAAUUGACGGGUCAGUGAGUUUGAUUGUAAUGAGCGAUGGAGGGAUCCAGCGAGUGGAGUCACUAGCCAACUGUUCGAUGAAUUGUGCCGUUGUUCGCGCUGAUUGGCACGACGAGGGGCAUCCGUUCGCUGUAGCCUACCUCGAUGGCACCCUGAAACUCGGCUGGAUCGACGAGAAUACCAACAUUAUGACACUAAAAGCCCACGAAUCGGGUAUUUCUAGUCUUGAGUGGGCCCCCGAUGGCUCAAUUCUCGCCACGAUUUCGUCCGAUUUGAGAUGCAAACUUUGGCACUUGAAAGAUUCAAAAUUGACACUUAUACAUACACUGUUUCAAACGCAGGAACCUGUAACUUUGAAAUGGUCACCGCUGAUUGGUGAUAGCAAAACACCUCUCUUACUUACUAUUGGUACUUCGAAUGGUAUUGUUUGUGCGUGGUGUUUGCCCGAUACCGACCAUAAUAACAUCAAACCGCAAUUGGUCAUGCAAGCUCAAGGUCACGCGUGUAAUGCUGUGACUGGAUUGGCUGUACACAAAAGCGGGUUGUUAUUGGCCAGCGGGUGCCCUAAUGGGAUUUUAAAUGUGUGGUCAUUAGUCGAUGGGAGUUUAGUACAGACGGUCGUAGGUAGCGGUGGAGUGAAUUUUAACGGACUAUUCUGGUGCGGUGAUGCACUCGCUGUAGCGUUUUUACGGUCGAAAUCGGUUGGUUUGUUGCAAUAUGGAACCGGAAGUUUGACUAAAUAUCAGUCUUUGACCACAGCAAGAUGCGCUCUUAUCAGGAAAGGGGUCAAAGGGUUGAAAUCAGCUCAAUUUUUCAAAACUUUGAUUUUGUAUCUACCGAAGAUAAUCCUAGAUCAAUACAAUAUCGAGAAAUUGCCGGUUCAAACCGGAACACAAUUGUCACACUCCAACUAUUUGAAAAGUCUAACCUGGCUUGCGAUUUUACUGGAUUUGAAACAUAUAAUUUGUUACAAGACGCGGCCAUUUAACGACGAAUCGGAUGUGCUUCCUGAAAUGCAGUGGUUGCCUACGUUCACACUUGGCGCUCUAAUCGCUGAUAGUCUCAUCAAACGCACAAAUUUACCCGAGAGUGUUUUGAGUUGGACACGAGGCAUAGUGGAUGGUGUGACUCUAGAAGCCGUACAGAACGCUUCAUGGACGACGAAACAAGAUGAACAGAUCAUGCAGUGGGUGUCUCAGAGGCCCCAAGACUGGCAAAUCGGAGGCAAAUGCAAGGCAUACAUGUGGGGCUCGGACAGACACGGCCAACUUGCCGAAUUAGGCUACAGUGCGUCUGUCCCCAUCCAAGUUGAGUCAUUCUCAAUUUCACGAAAAAUAAUAUGCGGCCAAAAUUGCACCUUCGUGAUCCAAUCAGAUGGCACAGUUUUGGCAUGUGGUGAGGGAAGUUAUGGCCGUUUAGGACAGGGAAAUUCUGACGAUUUGCACUCGUUGAGUGUCAUUUCAAGUCUUCAAGGUUUUGUUAUAACCGAUUUAGCUACUUCGGUUGGGUCCGACGGUCACAGUUUGGCUUUGGCCGAAAGUGGGGAGGUUUUCUCGUGGGGUGACGGUGAUUUCGGGAAGUUGGGUCAUGGCAACCCUGAUCGUCAACGUAGGCCGCGACAAAUUGAAGCCUUGCAAACCGAACAAGUGGUCCAAGUGGCUUGUGGCUUCAAACACAGUGCUGUGGUCACAAGUGAUGGGAAAUUGUUCACUUUCGGGAAUGGGGAUUUUGGAAAAUUGGGAUUAGGCUCUGUGGCUAAUAAGAAACUCCCUGAGAGGGUUACAGCUCUUGAGGGAUAUCGAAUCGGUCAAGUGGCCUGUGGUUUGAACCACACGGCGUGUGUUUCGACCGAUGGAAUGACAGUUUGGACGUUUGGUGAAGGGGAUUAUGGGAAAUUAGGCCUUGGGUAUGCCACUAUGAAACUUCUCCCUCAGAAAGUCGAAACUGUGUGUAACAUAGGGAUUAAGAAAGUCGGCUGUGGGACACAUUUAACCCUAUUUUUGACAAAAGAUGGUAAAGUUUUUGUAUGUGGGAUUGAUAGAAUGCCUUGGCAUUCGUUGUUUCGGGAACGUUCGGUUUUCAAACCGCAAAUUAUGACUUCACUCUCUGAUUACUCGAUUGAAGAUUUAGCUGUUGGGACCGAACACGUGUUAUUUUUAACCAAGUGUGGCAAAGUCCUAGGCUGGGGGAUGAACAGUGAAGGGCAAUUGGGGCUUCCUCACGUCUCACUAGUCCGUCACCCGGAGAUCAUAACUGAGCUCUCAGAUAAAGGCAUAAGACAGAUUUCCACGGGGAGGACACACAGUGCGGCCUGGAGCGCGCCUCCUCUACCUCAAAGAGUCCCAGGAGUGACUCGUUGGUUAACUUUCGGUCUUCCGGAGAAUAUCCCGAGUCAAUAUGACCAUCUCCAAGGCCUCUCAAUUGAUUUGAUUCAAGCUCGAGUAAUGUAUUUGCACCAUUUUUCCGAUUUGUUAUAUUCCUGUUGGACGUUGAUGCCGUUGAGUCACCAAGAAGGGAUGAAAUUACCCCCGUUAGAGGGACUAGUAUCGCCGAGUUUGAGACCGUUACUGGCUUCGAGGGUUUAUACGUUUCCGUUUGUGAGGUGCAUAGGAAAGACGAUGGUGCAGGGGAAAAAUUACGGGCCGCAGAUUAUCGUCAAAAGGAUCAACCAGGAAGAUUUUGCAGGCCGCAAAUGCAAACCCGUGUUUAUCCAAAUCGCUAAACAAGUCGUUAACAUCAAACCUCAAGAGCUGCGUUUACCCUCCCGCGCCUGGAAAGUGAAACUCGUCGGCGAGGGGGCCGACGACGCUGGGGGCGUCUUCGACGACACCAUCACCGAGAUGUGUCAAGAAAUAACAUCGGGAGUUGUCCCUCUCCUUGUCCCAACACCGAACGCCGUCAACGAAGACGGAUUUAAUCGCGAUCGAUAUCUGCUCAAUCCGCAGUUAAACACCCAACACAUAGCCUGGUUUAAAUUUUUGGGUAUUUUAUUCGGGGUUGCGAUUCGUACGAGGAAACCACUGGCCAUACCUUUGGCCCCCAUGAUGUGGAAGUUGAUAGUGGGUGAAGUUGUGACAAUCGAAGAUCUGGAAGAGGUGGAUUGCAUGUAUGUGCAAAGUUUGCGGAGUAUAAGAGACAUUCAUUUGUCGGGAGUCGGCGAGGAGAAUUUUCACGAAGUGAUCCCGUUGGAGUGUUUCGAGGGGACGAGUUGUACCGGAAAAGUUUUACCGAUCGUUUAUGGGGGCCGUAGCAUACCAUUGACCUUCCACAACCGCACACAAUAUUUCGAACAAGCCGUCAAGUUUCGUUUGGAGGAGUUUGAUUUGCAAAUCACAAGUAUUCGUGAAGGGAUGGCAGGAAUAGUUCCUGUGCCUCUACUGUCUUUAAUGACGGCCGAUUAUUUGGAACAGUUAGUGUGCGGAAUGACACACAUUUCGAUUCCUAUUUUGAAAAAAAUUAUAAGGUAUCGCGAAUUAGACGAGAAUCAUAAUUUGGUACGAUGGCUGUGGAACAUUUUGGAGGGUUUUACCGAUGCUGAGCGAGUUUUGUUUAUGAGAUUUGUGUCGGGUCGGUCACGAUUGCCGGCGAAUUUGGCCGAUUUGUCACAACGAUUUCAAGUGAUGAAAGUCGAUAAAGCAGUGAAUGGGUUACCGACAGCCCAGACGUGUUUUUUCCAAUUGAGGCUUCCGCCAUACACUUCACAAGACAUAAUGGCCGAGAGAUUAAGGUACGCCAUUAAUAAUUGCAAGUCGAUCGAUAUGGAUAAUUACAUGUUGGCGAGGAAUACCGAUCAAGGGGUCGUCUCCGAUGAGGAGUAUUUGUAAGGCUGAAACGUACUGAACAAGAUGUGAACAAGUAGUUAGGUUGUUUUGUGUUUUUUAUUACUUUACAAAAAAUACAUUUGAAACAAUUA